AUGGGCGGGGCCGAGCGCUUCUUACUGACUGCCUGCGGGGCAGCCUUCUUGGCCGUGAGCUGGGGUUGCGCCGGCUUGGCGGUCUGGUCGAGGCCAAACCGAGCGGCGCGUGCCGCGAGCUUCUCCGGAUUCUGUGCGAUUGAGGGACAUACGUCUAGAGGGGCAGCGGUCGCGGUCAGGGCGGAGCCAUUGCGCACACCCUUGGCGACUGCGGCCGGUUUAGCCGUGUCGGGCUUCGCUUUUGGUGGCUCGACUAGGGCCGUGCCGAACCGAGCAGCACGCGCCUUGCGCUUUUCGAGCUCUUCGUCUUCGGGCGAUUUGGGUGCUGUGCCUUGGCUGGACGAGGGCUCGAGUUCAAAGCAGGGGCAGGUGUGGGUGGCUGCGCGGGGGCGCUGUGGCGUCGAGGGGGUGAAGGGGCGACUCACGGGCGGCUGGGCGGGCGUCGUGGCGACCUCGCUGUAUGGGGACGAGGAGGACCGCUUGGGAGGCGAGGCGGGCUUUACGUCGAUGGCGGCGGGGGAGGCGAGGAUGCGGGCGAUGAGGUCGGGCUUGUUUGACUUGCUGGGGACGACGACGGCGGCCUUUGCGAGGAUGUCCUUGAGGUCGACGACCUUGAGGGCUUUGCUGGAGAGGGAAGGAGAUGCCCACCCCCAGUCCCAUCUCUACAACUUCUACCCCCAGCCACACCACCCCGCCCAACACCCUCACCCCGCCCAGCCACACCACCCCGCCCACCCCUCCCGCCAGCCGUCGCCGCAGCCGUCUCCCCUCUCCACCCCCGUCUCCCAGUCCGCCGCACACAAUCUCUUCCUCCACCACCCAGAACCCCAGCACCGCGACCACGACCCCCCCGUCGACCAGAUCCAGGAUGACGCCCCCCUCGACGAGGAGCCCCUCUACAUGGACAAGGACCUCGACAGGAGCAGCGAUAUGGCCGUCGACAGCCCCGCCGACGCAAGGCCGCCCUUCUCGCCCAUCCACCCCCAGCAGCCCCCCGAAAAAAAGCUGGAGUACCAGGCUGCUCCCAUCCCGCCCACUCUGCAGCCCCGCCCCCAGCCGGUCCAGCAGCAGGCCCACUUGCAGACCGCCAUCCCCCAGCCCCAGCCCCAGUUCCAACUGCGCUCGCCGGUCUCACCGCACUUGCAAGGGCAGCCGAUGCAGCCUCAGAACUCUGUAGGCUCCCAGGCACAGAUGCACUCCCAGUCCCACGGGCGCGCGCACCCCCAGGCCCGCUCUCCGUACGAGUCGCACAUUCCGCUCGGCCACCACCCGGAGACGAUCAGCCUGCUCAACGUCGGCUACCACCACCCGCUGUCCCACCCGGCGACGCCAGACUCGCUGUCGCCGCACCACCCGGCCAUGGCGGACGGCAUGCCGUCGCGCGAUCACGUGCACGCAGCGGUUGACACCCAGCACGACCAUUCGCGCCACUCCGCCGCGUCGGGCUCGUCCUCCGUGGGCGGGCAUCUGGCCCAGAACGCGGCGUCUGCGCAGUCUGCUGCACCCCACACAAGCGGCGGGCAGUCCUCGAUCAAUCUGCGCUCCCCGUAUGCCGCGAUGCAGAUGCACCACGUCCCGCACCCCCACGCGCAUGCGCGGCACCGUCACACGUACAUCAACAGCGUAGAGCGGCUGUAUCCCGAAGAGCAGGACGUCUUGGAUCUGGGGGCCGAUUCGCUCAAAAACAACCUGCAGACCGGCAAUGACUUGCUCCAGUACAGCAACGGUUCAGGGAAUACCAGGAGAUGA